UGCAUAAACGCGAGUGUGAGAGUGCGCGCCUCCUGGGGCAGCCUUGCGACCAUGUUUCUCCUCACUCCGGUCUUGGUGGCAGUUGUCUGCGUCGUGAUUGUAUGGGUCUUUAAGAGUGCCGACGGAAACCUGGAGAGAAGGAAGGAGGAGGCUCAAGCUCGGCCCUGGGGAGAUGAAGAUCUGAAAGACAGCACGGACCACCUUCCAGUGGAGGAAGAUGCUGAUGAAUGGCAAGAGUCAGAGGACUGUGUGGAGCACAUCCCGUUCUCUCACACCCGGUACUCAGAGCAAGAGAUGAAGACGCGAGCUCGGGAAUUCUAUGAGCUCCUCAGUAAGAGGCGCUCCGUCAGGUUCAUCAGCAGAGAGCAAGUCCCAAUGGACGUCAUUGAAAACGUCAUCAGAACAGCAGGAACAGCUCCAAGCGGGGCCCACACGGAGCCCUGGACCUUUGUGGUGGUGAAGGACCCAGACAUGAAGCAUAAGAUCCGAGGGAUCAUCGAGGAGGAGGAAGAGAUAAAUUACAUGAAAAGGAUGGGAGACCGGUGGGUCGCAGACCUGAAGAAACUGAGAACCAAUUGGAUUAAGGAAUACUUGGACACUGCCCCAGUUCUGAUUCUCGUUUUCAAGCAAGUCCACGGCUUUGCUACGAACGGAAAGAAAAAGGUCCACUACUACAAUGAGAUCAGUGUGUCCAUUGCCUGUGGCCUCCUGCUGGCCGCGCUGCAGAAUGCAGGGCUAGUGACAGUUACUACCACCCCCCUCAACUGUGGUCCUCGUCUGAGGGUGCUCUUGGGCCGCCCCUCACAUGAAAAGCUGCUUGUUCUGCUUCCUGUGGGGUACCCUAGCAGAGAGGCCACAGUGCCUGACCUCAAGAGGAAAGCUCUGGACCAGAUCAUGCUGGACCAUUAAUAAGAGGAAGUUGUUGUAAGCUGGUGUCUGAGAGAAGGAAGGUCUUUCUUUGCUCUGAAAUAGAAUGAGACUUCACAGGAAGCAGCAGCUUCAGCCCUGAGGCCCUUUGAAAGAUCUGCAAGUUUCCAACAUCUCCACAAAUCUUCAGUUUCCUCUGCAUGCUUUCCCUCCCUUCACUUGUGAUAACUAUGUGUCCCUGGGGCUUCACUGAAUGAGGUUUCUUUUAAUGCUAUUGUGGCUUUAGUAGACCCUCGUGGGUGGGGUUAGGAACCAAUUGUUGUACAGCUUAUUGUUAUAUUGAACAAAGUUUCUCUGUGUUCUAAAUAUCAGAAUAAUAAACAUACUUUCUUGUCACAGUAUAAACAACA